AUGGAGGAACUCACUACUACAACCUCCAGACAGGACAGGGCCCUGCAAGAACAAGUGCGUGCCCUGGAAGAUCUUAACAACCGCUCACGCAGAAAUAACAUAAGAAUCGGAGCAAAUCAACCACGCAACGCUAUAAUCUGCAUGCACUACUUUCACGUGAAAGAAACGCUAAAGAGGGCCACCCCGCUGCAAAUAGAAUGCCACCAGGACCUGGCCCCUAGCACAUUACAAAAAAGGAGGGUGCUCCACCC